AUGGAGGGCGUGAGCAAGCUGGCGGGUGCGGCACUGGUGGAGGCACCCUUUGGGUGGCCUCAUGAAAAGCCGCAGGCGGUGGUGGCCCUCAUCAAAGAGGCGCGAAGCCAUCUGCAGCGCGGACCCGCCACCCGGCUCUACCUCCUCCUUGUCGGAGCCGAGCACCAAGUGUCGGAGAAGGAGCUGGAGGAGGUGCUGGCCGGGUACUAUGCCGCGGCGAUGGAAGUAGACGACGAGCUGGAGGUCGUGGUGCUGCCACCCUUUGCUCUCCACAACUAUGACCCUCGCACCGACCUACGCGACAUCGCUGUGCUGCUGACCCUCGCGCCCGUCUCGGUCGAGGCCCAGGUGGAGGUGAACGCUGCGCGAUCGAGCAAAGGCCUGCCGGCUCUGGCCUUUGAUCAGCUGGAGACCGUCACCUGCACAGAUCAGGCCCUACAGUCGCUCACUCAGGGCUUUCCCACAUACAAGGAAACCGUGCUGGGCGGUACCUUCGACCGACUGCACGCAGGCCACAAGAUCAUGCUUACGAUCGCCGUGCUCUCUACUGAGCAAAAGAUGGUCGUGGGUAUCACUGGUGAUGAGAUGCUGAAGAACAAGAAGCACGGGGAUGUCAUGCAGCCCUACCAGCAGCGCGCGUCCACGACCGUAGACUUCCUCAACGCCAUCAACCCCUCCGUGGCCUAUGAGACCAUCGAGAUCAACGACCCCUACGGGCCAACCCUCACCGGACCCACGUUCAACGCCAUCAUCGUGUCUGAGGAGACACAGAAGGGGGCAGCGGACAUCAACGAGAAGCGGAAGGCCAACGGCUUGCAGCCACUGGAGGUGAUCGUCGUGCAGCUCGUCCACGCGCCCCCAGGCCUCGGGGAGGGCAAGCUCAGCUCCACCGCCCUUCGCGAGAAGUACAAGAAACAGCACACGGGCGCAUAG